ACAAUUAGAGGAAAAAAAAAUGUAAAGACUGCGAGUUCUUUAAAACUUUCUGACUAUCCGUGACGGUUAUCAAAAUGUAAAUCAUAAAAAAGUAUAAUAAUUAAAAUAAUCAUGCUUUGUAAUUACGCGGUUGUUCUUUGAUCGAUAUGUAAAAGUCGACUCUGAGAUUGUGGGGCUGGGAAAUGCUGCUGCCUAGCGGAAAAUAUGAAAAAUAUUUUCAAUGUUUUAUUUUGUUUUAUACACAAAACACAUGACCUGACAAAUGUGAUAGUAGCUCAUUCUUAAGUAUGAGCUCAAUCCAGGAUGCGGGAUUCUAUGCGAUGAAAUGGGUUUAACAACUUUGCACUUAAAAGCAGAAGGACCUAAUGAUACUCUGCAUUACUUAUGGGAUUUCGUUGGUAAUCCGUCAGUUCUUUUAGCAGUAACUUCCCCAGCUGCUAAAUUGAAUAUUGAAUGGGACAAAUAUUUAACUAGACAGCCAAAGUCUAUUAAUUUUACUGAGGAGCCUAUUUAUACGUUUGGUUUAGUUAUUCAAAAGAUUAUAGAAUUUAACGAUGUAUAUGAUAAGGCAACAAUAGACAAUGUAAAAAAUGAAGAUAUAAAUAUAUUAAAUCCAGAAUAUUUUAAUUGGACAAGAAAGAACAGCAUAAAGAGUAAUCAAUUUGUGGAAUUAGAUAUGAUGGGACAGAAUUAUACAGAUCCUGAAUUAAAUAUUACCAGAGCGGGAAAUAUUGAAAUUAUUUUAAAUGGAUUUUGCACAUUAGAACACUCGGAUGUAAUUCCACACAUGUUACACUCCGAAAAUUCAACACAGAUUGAUUUUAUAAUCAACCACCUUCGCACUAAUUCGUCAUUCGACAAAAGUAGAUUUGGACUUGAGCUUAUGGUUGUCAGUGAAGGAGAUUCUAUUUCAAGAAUGUCAAUUGAUACGAAAAAAAGUUUAGAUGAUGAGUACACUCCUGGAAUAUUUGAGACUAUUGAAAUGAGAACUCCAGAAAAUAAAAAUAAAUUCAGUCGUUCAGGUUACUUACAAUGGAGACCAGUGUCUUAUUUGACAUCACACCGCGAUGUUACUGCUUCAACAGAAACCUCUUUUUACAAUAUAAUUAAUUGCUCAAAUAUUACCAAUAAUUCAAUAUUAUAUGCCUUUUAUGGAGAUAGCAAUAAUUUAUUAAUAAAUAAAAUAAAUGUAACUAUUGGUUCGUCUGGAGAUGGAUUCUAUAAAAAAACAAAUUAUGCUACCUGGACAUUCCUCGUUGGCUACGGAAAUCCACCAGGCGAACAAUUUUCGUACUUGGUGAUUUUAAUAAUAUCCAUAGGAGUCGGUUUACCGUUAUUAAUAAUGUCAAUUGCUGGCAUUUACAUCUGUAUCCGGAGACUACCCAGAAGAGAGUCCAGUAGGCUAGUGGAGUCUUGAAAAUAAAUUAAUUAUAAGUAAAAUAAUGAAUUAAUUGAUAUUCAUAAAGUUAAGAAUGUAAAUUAAUUUUUUACAUAGUAACUUUCAUGACACCUUUUGUAUGAUUACGCUAAAAGGCUGACGAAUGCAUUACUAUAAGCAUUUAUAUACAUUAAAACAUCGAUUACAAAUAAAUAAAUUUUAUUAUUAUUAAAAAAAAAAA